AUAAGGUGUCUAUGAUCAAGGGCUCAGUGUUUAAUAUUUUCCAUUGAGCAGUACUUGCUGCAGGUUGAAUUGCUUAAAUUCAGAUCUCCAUCCAUCUUUGUGUGUUGGCUGACUGGCUGCUGUUGCUGUGUCAGUAAAAGGACUAUGGGUUGCGGAGGAAGCAGGGCUGAUGCUAUUGAACCAAGGUACUACGAGAGCUGGACUAGAGAAACCGAGUCCACUUGGCUAACCAGCACUGAUACUGAGAUACCCCAGGCAGGGAUGGGAGUUACUUGCCUAGAAGAUCAUGGUACAACAGAGGCAGCAAUAAAGGACAAAAAAGGACCUGUCCAUCCUGGUAUUAUGGAAGAUGUAAAAUCAACGCAGACUUGUGUGACAGUGUCAUCUUCUAGCAAGGAGGGAUUGAAGAAAACCAAUUCGGGAACACAGUGCGGAAAACCAACUGUCUAUUCAACAGGAUCCAAGACGCAAAAACAAAAAAAUGUCUCUAGGUCAUCAGAGCCCAAGCGGGAAAGCAAAAGAAUACCCAAGAAAGAACUCUCUAUUAAUGUAUCAAAAAGCAUAAGACCAAUAGAUACUGAUGGUAGAAUUACAGACAGCUGUGUCAAUUAA